AUGCCCGACGCCAUGCUGCCUGCCUGCUUCCUUGGCCUGCUGGCCUUCACCUCUGCUUGCUACUUCCAGAACUGCCCGAGGGGUGGCAAGAGGGCCAUGUCCGACAUAGAACUGAGACAGUGUCUCCCCUGCGGCCCCGGGGGCAAAGGGCGCUGCUUCGGACCCAGCAUCUGCUGCGGGGACGAGCUGGGCUGCUUGGUGGGCACGACCGAGGCGCUGCGCUGCCAGGAGGAAAACUACCUGCCGUCGCCCUGCAUGCCUGGCCAGAAGCCGUGCGGGAGCGGUGGCCGCUGCGCCGCCCCCGGCAUCUGCUGCAGCGCAGAGAGCUGCGUGGCCGAGCCCGAGUGCCGCGAGGGCUUUCACCGCCGCGUCCGCGCGGGCGACCGGAGCAACGCCACGCAGCUGGACGGGCCCACCGGGGCUUUGCUGCUGCGGCUGGUGCAGCUAGCUGGGGCGCCCGAGCCGGCGGAGCCCGCCCAGCCCGGCGUCUACUGA